GUGCUCUUCUCCACUUCCACUGAGACAAGAGAGAAGAAGAAGAAGAAGAUGAAGAGCGACACCGUGAACGGCGACGAACUGAAUGAGCGGCUUUUGGAACGAGAAGCAGACAUCGAGGAGAUAGGGAGUUGUGUGCAUUUCGUCAAGGAAGCGAUAAACGAGAACAAGAAGCUCUGGUAUUUGGCUGCUCCCGCCAUUUUCACUUCCAUCGCUCAGUAUUCUCUUGGAGCCAUCACUCAAGUGUUCGCUGGCCAUCUCACCACUCUCGAGCUCGAUGCCGUCUCCACUGAGAACAUGGUCAUCGCUGGCCUCGCUUUCGGCAUCAUGUUGGGAAUGGGGAGUGCACUGGAGACACUGUGCGGGCAAGCAUUCGGAGCAAAGAAGCUACACAUGCUGGGUGUCUACAUGCAGCGUUCCUGGGUCAUACUCAACGUAACGUGCGUCUGUCUACUCCCCAUUUAUAUCUUUGCCACACCGAUCCUGAAGCUCUUCGGCCAGAACGACCAGAUCGCUGAGCUUGCUGGAAAGUUCUCGCUCUACAUGAUCCCACAGUUGUUCGCCUACGGCUUCAAUUUCCCCAUACAGAAGUUCUUACAGGCACAAAGCAAAGUAAUGACGAUGGCAUGGGUAUCUGGGGUAGCCCUUUUGUUCCAUAUAUUGUUGAGCUGGUUAUUCAUAGUUCAGUUCAAGCUCGGCUUGGCCGGUGCAGCGGCCGCGCUCAAUAUAUCAUGGUGGGUGGUGGUGUUGGGCCAGUUUGCUUACAUAGCCAUGGGCUAUUGCCCUGGUGCCUGGACCGGCUUCAGUUGGAGCGCCUUCCGUGACUUGGGAGCUUUCGCCCGCCUCUCAGUUGCUUCGGCCAUCAUGAUGUGCCUUGAAUUCUGGUACUACAUGGUACUGAUCGUGCUGGCCGGCCGCUUGCAGAAUGCCGAAAUAGCAGUAGCUGCCAUAUCAAUAUGUAACAACUUGAAUGGGUGGGAGAUCAUGAUAUUCUUCGGCUUCAAUGCAGCUAUCAGUGUGAGGAUCUCAAAUGAACUAGGAGCUGGUCGGCCAAAUGCAGCCAAAUUCUCAAUACUAGUGGUGGUGCUUUCUUCAGCACUGAUGGGGAUGGUAUUCUUCGUCCUCGUGCUAGCUCUGAGAAAUGUGUAUGCUCUCCCCUUCACAAACAGCUCCGAGGUUGCUGAUGUUGUCUCUCAUCUCGCCGUCAUCUUUGCCUUCACAUUGUUACUUAACAGUGUUCAGCCUGUUCUAACAGGAGUGGCCGUAGGAGCAGGAUGGCAGUGGUUAGUGGCUUAUGUCAAUGUGGGAUGUUAUUACAUUGUUGGCAUUCCUCUUGGGUUCUGCCUCGGCUCUCUAUUGAACAUGGGAGUAAAGGGAAUAUGGACUGGAAUGAUCACUGGAGUGGGCUUGCAAACCUUGAUCCUUACAGGAAUUACUCUUGCCACAAAUUGGAACAAAGAGGCUAUGCAAGCAGAAUCUAGGAUAAAGAAAUGGGGUGGCUCUAUAGACUCUCCAGUGAAAAACAUAAAGGAUUCCGAGAGCAAAAAGGUUUACAAUGUUUAGUUUGAUAAAACUACAAGUCACCAAACGAGGGGAUCUAGCCAAUCUCGCAUGCCUAUGAGCUUUCCUACUUCUCAAAAUCGCCUGAUGAUUCACGGUUCACCGGUUCAUAGUGAUAUUGAUAUAUCUUUUUUUACCCGGUUACAAUUAAGUGACCAAUCGUACCAUUUGCUUUGAAAAACAGAGACAUUUUCACGGGCAAAAGAAAGCAGAGUGUAAAAGCUGUACUGUACUGUUUACUUCCUUAGAGGUAAACAUUUUCCAAAGAUAAACAAAUGUCAUCAUUCGGUACUUUCAGUUCUGAA